GACAACCGAACCGGUCAAACUCCUCGUUCAGUUCUGUAGGGCAUCGUUUUUUGAGCUUUUCUGUACAAAUCGCGUGCAACAACAGCAGCCCCCGUUUAAGGUGAAGGACAGCUGCAAGAUUGGUGUCUGCUGCGUGUGUUGAACGCAGGCAACGAAAAGAAGGUCAGCAGAUUAGAAGGAGAGGGACUCAAGGAAAUCCAACGCAUCAUCGUCAUCCAGCAGCCGUCGUACACGGGGAGAGAUCGAGAGGCACACACUCAAAUUGGCUGCGGUCUGGUCUCGUGUUACAAAAGAUAUUGAAACUGGAUUUCGUGACAUAUGGAAGGUCUUCAGUGAGUGAUUCAAAUUGAAACUGUGUGUGAGGGAAGAUAAUCAGUGAUACUUUGGAAGUGAAUCGGCAAGCGACAGAUGUUUAGGCCCUAAGUCUCUAGUUGAACUAAUUGAUUGGCAGUGAAUUGAAUUAUUCAUAGCUCUUUGCGUCGUUGUUGAGUGUGCAACGGUUGAGAACGGAAUUUGUGAACCAGAGCAAAUCAGCGCGCGCGUUUGGAGCCAGGAAACUCUGAAGGUGAUUGCACUCGACUGACUGUCUGUGCACGAGAAGAAAAGAGGAAUUCCUUUGAAUUAAUUUGAUCGCGCCGGACACUGAAUUCGCCAACCCGGAGAGGUGUCUGCUGCUCACCAGAGUGCGUCAUAAUUACAUAUUUAUUCGUGAAAAUUAUUAAGCGAAACACCGGAAGCUAUAAUCAGCUUGUUUUCUCGAGAUAUUCGUGAGCGAAGGAGAAGAACAAACUCGUCUCUUGAGCAAGGAAGUGUGAAGCAGAGCAAAGCGAACCAGCAAAGCAAGAACAUCUGCCCCAGGAAACGUAAACAUCGGAGCACACCACCGGAAAAGAGCCAGAGCGCGUCAGUCGGUUUACGACCUACUCUAACAGCGCAGGGCAGAGCAGAGCAGCGCACGUGUGACGAAACGUCCUCGUCCGUGAGCAAACACACAGUCGAAGAUUCCGGCCAAAAUUAAAACCACGAUGCAGGUAGAAAGCGCAACCAAAUGGCGCGUCCCGCCGCUGGAUCUGUCCGCGGUCAGUGUGCUGGCCAACGAAAGUGACCGCCGGUGGGCGCACGCCCACGGCCUCCAUCACCAUCACCACCACAGUCAGAGUCAUCAUCAGGCGGUGCCCACCACGAUGGUCACCCCACCAACGGCGGUUCCCUCCAGCAAGAAGAUCCACUACGGUGCCGACGGACUGCCCAUCGACCCCCGCGACUGGACCCGCGCCAACGUGUGGACCUGGCUGAUCAACCUGGCCCAAUCCGAAGGCCUAGACAUCAGCCCUGAGCUGGCCCAGAAGUUCCCGAUGAACGGCAAGGCACUCUGCCUGAUGAGUCUGGACAUGUAUCUCAGCCGGGUUCCGGUCGGCGGCAAAAUGCUCUACCGUGACUUCCGGGUGCGGCUGGCCAGAGCCAUGAGCUUGUAGACCCAUGCCCCGCCCCCUCUCAUUCGAUCCUCAAUUAGUGCUAGAUUAUAAGCGAAAUUAUCAGUUAGCCCAAAACACGUUAUACUCUUUUUAUAAAAAUAUAUAAUUAUAUAUAUAUUCAGACAAUGCAUUAUAAAACAUAAACCAUUUGAUUAUCUAGUAAAGUAGUUACCACUCUAUAGCUGACUUCCAAAGUGUCUCCCCAAUGUUGUAUUGUUACUUCAUCACUCGAACCGACUUAAGCUGGUUCGCCAGCAAACAACAAUCGUACCAAUCAGAACACAAUUCUUAAAAUAUAGCAUUUUUGCGGCAGCGCAGAUAGAUGAAACAGUAUUUCUCACGCUCUCAUUUUCCGACUCCUUUCGAGGAAGUGAAGGUUUGGUUGUAGCUUAAUUUACCUAGCUUAAGAACGGGAUUGUUUUGUGUACAUACAUUUUUCUUAUAGUUUUAAGUUAUCUAGUCAAUAAAUGAUUUGAAAAUAAA